AUGUCUGAACCAGACUUCAACAUCUCAGGAACAGUGGCUGAGGCCCAAAGGAAAAUGAGUAACGCAUUAAACGCCUCAUUAAAACGUUUUAGCUCUGUCUAUGCUUCCACCUCUUCCAACGCUCGACAACCUCAAGACCUUUCAUCCGAUGAAACUGUAGCAGACGACGAGGACUGGUGGACCCCACGUCCCAGCUCUAACAAACGCCGGUUAGACUCCAAGUCUCCCGAUGGUAACAGAAAAGUUCAAAGGAGUUCUAAAAGCCCAAAACCAACUGAAUCUGUUAAUCGGUUCUCGGAACUGUCAGACAUGGACGCUGAAGAUGACCUCCCCCUCGCUUCUCUUGUUGUCAGCCACAACAGCUCCGAUGGAGCCAAUAUUACCAACACAAGUAACAUCAAUGACAACCACGAGAACAGUACCAACAUCAUUGAAAACAGCAACAUCAUAAGCAACAACAUCAGUAGCAGCAACAAUGGCAACAACAACACCACCAGCACUAGUAACAGCGGCAAUCGUAAUCCGGACCAGCUCACAGGUAACAAGGAAACCUCACGGAAUCAAAAACCACCCCCAAUUGUAAUCAAAAUUUUCGAAAGCCUAAACGGACUUAUCAGAUCCACUGAUAAGAUCGUCCACCCAACAAAAUACUCCAUCAAAUGCCACCCAGAUAAUUCAGUUUCGAUCCUCGCUGCAGACUCCGAUGCGUACAGAGCCAUUACUAAAUCGCUCACCAUAAAAAGGUGCCAUACCUGGCAGCUUAAAGAGGAAAGAUCCUUCCGCAUAGUCAUCCGAGGUGUACAUUACACCAUCCCGGAUGAGGACAUUAAGGAAAGUCUGACUUCGCUUGGACACAAUGUGCGCUUUUAUUAA